AACGCGCUGAUUGGUCCAAGAAAGAGAAGCUUCUGACCAAUGAAGAAUCAGUCUGCGUAGCGGCGUUCCUCCCCUGUUCUCGAGUGGAAGUCGCUACAGCAGCAUCCCGGCGUCGCUCCUAGAGGGGCAGCGGGGAGGGGGGUGCUCCUUCCCGCCGGUGUGUCAGCUUGGGCCGCUCCCCACUUGGAGGAGGGUGAAGUAGCCGCUGCGAGGGGCAAAGCUGCUUCUUCAGGGUCUCCUCCUAAGUAAUAUCCACCUUGCCUGCCUGUCUCUCUUCUUCCCUGGGAAGGUGGUGGUUGGUGGGGGACGGCUGAGGGGAGUCAGCUGAGUUGGAAGCAGCUGCCUCCUCCCGUGAGGCAAAACUGUCCGGCCCUUGCCUAAGAAAGGAGGGGGGGGAUAGAAGCAGAACGAGCGAGCGAGGAGGCGCAGAAGGUCACAGCCGAGUGGAGGAAGCACCAUGGUCCUGGAGUGCAUCUUCAGUACUGCAAGUGUCUUCUCAACCAAGCAGAGAACUGCCAGCCUUGAGAGAAAUAUUGUAUAUGCAUAUCUAGGAGCUGGAUAUGAGGAAGUCCCUGCACAGCACCCUUUUGAACACCAGAGCUGGAAAGUAUAUAUUUUCUGUGAAUUGUGCUGAAGAUAAGUAUACACGCUGCAAUGGUGACAUAAACAACUAAACUGGACUGGAAUAAAAUUUGAAAAUCUCUCUUUAAUCUAAAUGUUGCUGCUUUUGGAAACUAUCUAAGGCAUGACUUACAACAUGACUUUUAUUGUGAAACUUCAUAGACAUUUCCAACGAACAGUUAUAUUGCUGGCCACUUUUUGUACAGUGAGCAUUGUUAUUUCAGCAUACUAUUUGUACAAUGGCUACAAACAAGAAAAUGAACUUUCUGAGAUCUCGUCAGAGGUGGAAUGUGGAGACCUUCCAGUACUGCUGUCGUAUAAGUUAGCACCAUGGAAGAUGGUUAAGCCCAUUGAUCCCUUAAGGACUGAUCCUGUGGUACUGGUAUUUGUGGAAAGCCAGUACUCUGCACUUGGUCAAGAUAUAAUAAUGAUUUUAGAAUCCAGCAGAUUCCAGUAUCAUAUAGAGAUUGCUUCUGGGAAAGGUGACCUUCCUGUGCUUACUGAUAAAAACAAAGGCAAAUAUGUUCUCAUAAUAUAUGAGAAUAUUUUUAAGUAUGUGAAUAUGGAUUCCUGGAAUCGAGGCCUUCUAGAUAAAUACUGUGGAGAAUAUGGUGUAGGAAUGAUUGGAUUCCACAAGAGCAGUGAGAACACUCUGCAGACUUCUCAGUUAAAAGGCUUUCCUUUUCAAAUCCAUGGUAAUGUGGGUGUUAAAGACUGUUGCAUCAAUCCUCAUUCUUCUCUGCUCCGUAUGACUAAAUCAUCUAAGUUUGAUAAAGGUCCUCUGCCGGGAAAUGACUGGACAGUUUUCCACAUAAAUAAUUCAGCCUACCAACCUGUUAUAUUUGCAAAAGUAAAAACACCUGAAAACCUCCCACAAUCUAUAAUUAAAAGUUCUCUCCAUGCAAUUGUUGUUCAUGAUUUGGGUCUUCAUGAUGGGAUUCAACGUGUUCUUUUUGGCAACAAUUUGAAUUUUUGGCUGCACAAGCUCAUAUUUAUAGAUGCUGUUUCCUUCUUGACUGGCAAGAGGCUUACAUUGUCCUUGGAUAGAUACAUUCUUGUUGACAUAGAUGACAUCUUUGUUGGAAAGGAGGGAACAAGAAUGAAGGCCAGUGAUGUUCAGGCUUUGCUUGAUACUCAGAACCUUUUGAGAGCUCAAAUCACCAAUUUUACUUUCAACCUGGGAUUUUCAGGGAAAUUUUACCACACAGGAACUAUAGAGGAAGAUGAAGGUGAUGACCUAUUACUGGGGUCUGUGGAUGAAUUUUGGUGGUUUCCUCAUAUGUGGAGCCACAUGCAACCUCAUCUCUUCCAUAACGAGUCAUCACUGGUGGAGCAAAUGAUUCUCAACAAAAAAUUUGCUUUAGAACAUGGCAUUCCAACUGAUAUGGGAUAUGCUGUGGCUCCACACCAUUCUGGCGUCUAUCCUGUUCACGUCCAACUUUAUGAUGCCUGGAAGAAAGUGUGGAAUAUCAAAAUCACCAGCACAGAAGAGUAUCCACAUCUGAAACCUGCACGGUACAGAAGGGGCUUCAUCCACAAAAACAUCAUGGUUCUUCCUCGGCAAACUUGUGGUCUCUUUACUCAUACAAUUUUCUACAAAGAGUACCCUGGCGGUCCUAAAGAACUAAACAAAAGUAUACAGGGCGGAGAACUGUUUUUCACAGUUGUCCUCAAUCCGAUCAGUAUCUUCAUGACUCACUUAUCCAACUAUGGGAAUGAUCGCUUGGGUUUGUACACCUUUGUCAAUCUGGCCAAUUUUGUUCAGAGUUGGACUCAUCUGAAGCUUCAGACACUACCUCCAGUUCAGCUGGCUCUCAAGUACUUUGAGCUUUUUCCUGAGCAAAAAGACCCUCUUUGGCAGAACCCUUGCGAUGACAAGCGACACAGAGAUAUCUGGUCAAAAGAAAAAACCUGCGAUCGUUUACCAAAAUUCCUGGUUAUUGGACCCCAGAAAACUGGCACAACAGCUUUGUAUUUGUUCCUGAUCAUGCAUCCUUCCAUCAUUAGUAACUCCCCCAGCCCCAAAACCUUUGAGGAGGUACAGUUCUUUAAUAGAAAUAACUACCACAGGGGGAUUGAUUGGUAUAUGGAUUUUUUUCCUGCACCGUCCAAUGUCACCACAGAUUUUCUCUUUGAGAAGAGUGCUAACUAUUUCCAUUCUGAAGAAGCCCCUAAACGAGCAGCUUCUUUGAUUCCCAAGGCAAAAAUCAUCACCAUUCUCAUUGAUCCAUCAGAUCGAGCAUACUCCUGGUAUCAGCACCAGCGAUCGCACAAAGACCCUGUUGCUCUAAAGUUUACCUUCUAUCAAGUGAUCACUGCUGGAUAUCAUGCUUCAGCAGAACUUAAGGCUCUUCAGAAAAAAUGCCUAGUACCUGGAUGGUAUGCUACCCAUAUAGAAAGAUGGCUAACUUAUUUUCCACCUUACCAGUUACUAAUUAUUGAUGGACAGCAGUUGAGAAAUGACCCAGCUAUCGUGAUGGACGAAGUACAGAAGUUUCUAGGAGUUACUCCUCAUUAUAAUUACUCAGAAGCCCUAACGUUUGACUCGCACAAAGGCUUCUGGUGUCAACUCCUGGAAGAAGGAAAAACAAAAUGUCUUGGAAAGAGCAAAGGCAGAAAGUACCCUCCAAUGGAUUCUGAGUGCAGGGUUUUUCUGUCAAGCUACUACAGAGAUCACAAUGUGGAACUGUCAAAGCUUCUACACAAAUUGGGACAACCCCUUCCAUCGUGGCUGAGACAGGAGCUACAAAAAGUGAGAUAGCACUGGGGAAAAGCUUCUAAAGAGAGCUUUUCUUCACUUCAAAUAUAAUAAAGUCUCCAGUAGCUACGAGAAAGCUUGUUGGGAAAUACAUCACUUCAAAAGAGAACAAAAGACUGAGGUUUGAACCAUAGACUGGCAAGUAGACUGUAAAGGUGUGUGCACAUGUCUCUGGAGGUACAUAGUAUUUCAUAACAAUUUCUGGGUUCAUGGAGAUAUAGGGAAGGACAUUCUGGACCAGCCACAUUAAAAUGUGAGCUGCAUAAUGGCACAGUAGUGCUCAUGUAGUUCCCAUUCAUUUCUGUGGGGCUGUCACAAGAAAAUUUCUAGUGGAUUGUGCCUGCAGACUGCUGUGCAAACAUGGAAAUAAAUAGCAACUGGCCUAGAUUUCAAAAGCAACAAUAUACAACUGUACAAAAUCACAAUAUUUACAAAUUUAUAUAUUAUAUUCAUAUCAGUUUAAGAAUAUUGUGUCUCAUGUCAGUUUUGUAACCCACUGUCUGCCUGCUUAGUUUUCUAAUUGUUUGAUUACAAUGCUGUGUCUUAUUUUUUAAUGAGAAAUAUGUAGCACAAAAUGCCAUGUGUACUCCCCACUUAAUCUGAUUUCUAAACAUUGAACUGGAUUUUUAAAGUCACAGUAUAUGUUAUUUACUGUACACAACUGAUGAGAAAAUGUGCCAUACUACUGCAAGAAGUGAUAUUACGUAUCUAAGUUGAAUGGCUGAACCCUUACAUCCCAAUUCAUUGAACUGGGAGUUGCUGUAGCAUUGUAGAACCUGUCCCUUCCUGAACAGAUGACUGCUAGAAGUCAGGAAGGUGUGACUAAACUGAUUCUCCAUUGACUCUGCAAUGGUUUCUAUACUCCACUUGUAUAUUUCUAGAUCAGGGCCAGAACUGCACAUCCGACCAGGGUGCCUAAGUACAUAAGAUUUCCCCAAAUACAGAAGUUUCCUCCUAAUCACAGUUCUGACGCAUUCUAGUAACCUUCACUAGAAGGGUCAGUAACAAGACUUUGGUAUAGUUUACAAGAUUUUGAUAAUUUUGUUGUAUACCACAAAAGAACCUUUAGGUUGUGCAAAUGAACAAAAUAGAUUCUAGAUUUUUAUGAAACAAAGAAUUCUGAAAGAAUAAAAUCCAAACUUAUGAAAGUUUUCUACAUUUACAGGAAUAAAAAAGCACUAUGUCAGGGCAAUACUUGCAAUUUUUAUUUACCAUAAUUUUUGGUCACUCUUUUGCCUCUACCUAAGCUGAGCUUUUUCUGGCGGGGGAGAUUCUCUCCACUAAUUGCCUGGAAUUGGAAAGAUUCCACUGACAGAUUCAGUAGUGAUACAUCAUCUGCUGGGAGGAAGGGUGGGAUACAAAUUAAAUAAUAAUAGAUAAAUAAAUAAAUCAGGGGGGAAAUGGUAGUGCCACACUCAAAUCUGAUUUGUCUUAUUUAUACUAUUACUUGUUCUCCAUGUUUUGGGCUUCUUAGGCACUAUAUCAUGGACUACUUCAGUAUUUUUAGACCUAAAAGGUUCACAUGCCUAGGAAAGGCAUUUUAGGGAAUAUUUGCAAUUAAGUUAAUAAAACAAGGUAAUAAGAAAUUAAAUUUAAACAAAGAACAUUAUGUUGUUGGUCUCAAAAAAAAGUAUGAAAACCUAAUUUUAGAAGUGGAUGAUGAAAUUUCUGAAAGCAUGUAGCUUUGAUUAUUAAUAUUUUGCAAGACUAUAAUGACUAAAUGUGUACAAAAACUAGACAAUAUUAUGAGCCAAAUUUGCUUCAUUGACAUUUGGUUCAGGGUGCUUCAAAAGUAUAUGGCUAGAUCUCUAACCAAUAUACUAAAAUACUAGAAACAAGACAAUAAUUAUAUACCAUCAUUUUUAAUACAGUUUACUGUAUAUAGCAUAGUACAGCCAAAGUUAAGCAUUUUUCAGUCCCAAUUAUCUGAAUGGAAAAGCUAUUCACAUGCUUAAAUGUCCUUGGAGUUCUCAGUUUAGGAAGCACCUCAUGGAUAAGGAGACCUCUUUAGCCAUUAACUCUUUUCCUUUUUUUUUAAAUGCACCAAUAAACUGAGUGAAAAGUACCCCUUUAUUCCAUAUGGAAAUAACAAGAACUCAAAUUGUAUCUCUGCCAUUACCACUUUAUAGAUAAAUGUAAAAUUGUGCUUGGACAGCCAUAUGUAUCCUUUAUGAAGGAUUCUCUGCAGAAGAGUAGUCACUUUGUUCCUUAUCCUGUCAUACCAAGCUAUAAAAGCUUCCUGUAAGGCACUGGUUUUCAAACUUUUGUUUCCUUCUAAUAAAAGAUUUCCUCAAAUAAAAGAUUAUGGCAGACAAGCAUCCUUGAAAGAUAGUUUGCUCGCCACAUCCAAUCUUCCCCUGCAAGUAUAGAUGUUGGGGAUUAUUAGGUGUGUUCUAUAUAAUGCUCUCAUUUCAUAUGAGUGGCAUGGUGAGACCUAAUAGAUCUUGUGAGCACCUGCUGAGUGUGCAUCUAGAGUAUACCCAUAUGUAUUUUGCAAAAUGUAGAGGUUCUAUGGCAAACACAGAGGUUCCUCAGCAAACGCCAUGAUGUACUGAAUAUUCCCUGAAAAUUACUAGUUUUAGGCUGCAAUCCUAUAUCCACUUACCUGUAACUCUCAAUGGAUUUACUUUUGAUUAAACAUGUAUAGGAUUGUGCUGCAAAGCAUCCAAAAAUCCAGACAGGUAUUUUAUACUUACUAUUUGUUUAAAUGACUGCACAAGCAAAUGACAGAAUAAAUUUCAGCAUAAAUCUUUACUGAUUUACUUUAACAUAUUUCUUGUGAAAACUCAUGGAAGUGACUUUGAAAGUUAGCUGUCUGAAAUAGUUGUGCCAGUAAAAAUCAAUAGUGUGAUUAUUUGCAAGAAAUAAUUAUUAAAGAGAGACAAACUUAAAGGGAAAUGAACAAUGAAAUAAAUCAAGUAAUCCAUGCAAAUACACAUAGUUCUCCUGCAGUAUUUGCCCAGUUCUUCUACACAUGAGAAAAUGAAGAGUGGAACUAAUCUUCAAAAUAUAUUGUACAGAAUGAUUAUCCUUAUUAUGGCUGAAAAAUGUGAAGCUUCCUCAGGAAGAAUAAAAUAGAUAUUUCAGUGUUUAUAGAUGUAAUAUUCUUCUCAUUCACAUUGAAUGAAAAUUGCUGGAAAUGUUUUUCUCAAAUUUUUUUAAAAAUAAAAUAAAACCAGACAUUAUUCUGAUAGUGGCAUGAUUUCUGCUGUGCAACAAUAAACUCUGAUAAGAAAACA